AGCUUACAUUGUAUACGAACGGCUAGCUUGAACGCUUAACGUGCAGAGCAAAUGAUCGAUUUUUAAACAUUUCCAAACCCCAGAACGAGACGGACGAUUGGCGGAUUGUACCUACACAUAUUUUAAGAUGUCAAAAAACAAGUGCUAAAGACCUAUCCUUUAAACCACUACCACUUAGCGCCGCAUUAGCAUCCUCGGAACCGACCGUGUAUUUGCUCCUCCGGGUAUUAGCCGCUCGCUGUGGAUUUCAAACCCGGUGUUAGCCGCUCUCCAUGCCCGAGCAAGGCCCGAGAAUGAAUAGCUUCUCCCUCGGCGAGUUGUGCUGGCUCUUCUGCUGCCCGCCCUGUCCGAGUCGCAUCGCGGCUAAAUUAGCAUUUCUGCCGCCCGAACCCACAUAUUCCGUCCACACGGACCCGAGCGGCGCGACUAGCCUGCACCUCACCGAGCGCGCUGACUGGCAGUACUCGCAACGGGAGCUCGAUGCCGUGGAAGUUCUCGUGACCCGAACCAGCCGCGGCAACCGGGUCGGUUGUAUGUUCGUCCGCUGCGCGCCCGCGAGCCGCUACACGCUGCUGUUCUCCCACGGGAACGCCGUGGAUCUGGGCCAGAUGUGCAGCUUCUACAUCGGCCUCGGCUCCAGGAUCAACUGCAACGUGUUCUCCUACGAUUACUCGGGUUACGGGGUCAGCACUGGAAAACCGUCCGAGAAGAACCUGUACGCGGACAUCGAAGCGGCCUGGCAGGUGCUGAGGAACAAGUAUGGAGUGACUCCUGAAAACAUCAUCCUGUAUGGUCAGAGUAUAGGGACGGUGCCGACUGUAGACCUGGCAUCGCGGUACGAAUGCGCAGCGGUCAUCCUCCACUCACCUCUUAUGUCUGGCCUACGUGUGGCCUUUCCUGACACCCGCAAAACCUACUGCUUUGAUGCAUUCCCAAGCAUCGACAAAGUAUCCAAGGUGGCGUCUCCGGUCCUGGUCAUCCACGGCACAGAAGAUGAAGUGAUCGACUUCUCGCACGGUUUGGCCAUUUACGAGCGAUGCCCACGUGCCGUGGAGCCCCUGUGGGUAGAAGGCGCUGGGCACAACGACAUCGAGCUCUACGCCCAAUACCUCGAGAGACUCAAACAGUUCAUCACGUUUGAGCUGGCUACCUCCUGAAAACACACACACACACAAACACACGUGUCCCUUUACCCAGAGCCGAGGACGCCAUCAGUACUUGCACUUGCUGAAGGAGUUAAAAAAGAAGCUCUCUCUUGAUAUGUAGGAGCAGGGCCUUUUUUUCAUUCCUACCGAGGGGGAAGACGACACAUUUCAAAUGAUUUCCAACCACUUUCUAUUCUUUUAUACUUGACGAACGUUUGACAUUUUUGCACCGCAUCCAGUACGUUGCGUUUAACAUUUCCUUUCUUUAUAAAUGCUCCUCAAAGGGUUUAAGUAACCGAUUGCACUUUUAUCGUGCAACAUUUUCAGGUUGUUAUUUUGUUUGUUUGUUUGUUUGAUUUGUAGGGAAUUAUGCAUUCCGUUUUCUUAUGUUUCCAGUAGAUUAGAUCAUGAUGAAUCAGUGACUGACAUUAUUAUUAUUUUUUUUUUUUGAUAUAUAUAUGUGGCCAGUUUGUGUGUAUGUGUGUGAGAGUGCGUGAGUUUAAGUGUAGCUUGGGCUAAUUAAAACUGGAAGACCUGUGGAAAGUAAGUUGACCUGUGAAUAAUUGUCCGUGCUUUUCGAAUACGGUGGGAAAGCGUUGGCGUAUUGUGUUGAAACAACAUGGUGCUUUGUCGCAACACAGCAAUCAGGGCAUUGUUUCGGCGUAAACACUACAUUUGUGCGUUGUAUAAAGAGAAACAAAAAAAAUAAUGUGAAAUUUCGAGCUCUCUUUGUUGGUUUUUUGCAUCGGUGUUACUAAAAAAGCCUUAUGUUCUCUGACGUUUCGCUCCGACAUUCCUGUCAGUGAAUUUUAUUUGUGUUACUAUUAUUUCUGGAAAUGGGAUUUCGACGAUUUUCUCUGGGCUCCUGCACGCUGCUACUCGAUUGGGGAAAAUCACUGUGAAAAACUGAUUUAAAUAUGGUAUGUUUUGAAGUUUCUCCCCCUUUUCCAGAAUCACAUUACCCAGGAAAACGUUAAAGUCAUUGAUUAAACGUCGAUGUUUUCCUCAUUCGGCGAAUGAAGGACUUGGAACGAUUGGAUGAAGGAUGUCGAUUGCUACCAAAAUGGUGCGUUGUUUUGAUUGUAUGUUUUUAACGCAUAGCAGUUGUUGUUGGUUGACUUGAUUGUUUUGCUGUAAGGUUACGCGAUGACGGUUCAUGUUUGCUGUUGAUCUCCAGUGGAGAUUUGUUUUUGUUUUUGUAAGGAAUGGCAGACACCGAUAACAUCUGAGCCCAUCAUUGCUUUUGAUACUGACGUUUUUACAAUGUUUUUUCAGUGAUUAUUAAUAUUUACACCUCUUUUAAUGCUGGUUUGUAAGAUAACCGUACUGUACACCCCCUCACCCCCCUCUCUCGCUCUUUCUCUAUAAAUAUAUAGGUAUGUAAAAUAUGAAGUAAAUGGUAUUUAGCUUUGAUUUUUGUUUUGUUUUUUUAUUAUUGACACUGGAAUCACAGUAUGCAAAUAUAAUGCAGAGAAAACGAUAGUUGGUACAGACACAUGCGUGUAGUUUUUUUAUUUUAGAUAUCUUUAAAGCCUUAAAUGUGCCGAGAGACAGAUUAUUGUUCUUUCUGUUGGUUGUUGCUUUGUCGCAACACAGUGGAUAUUGUACUGCUUAUAAAGGAAUAAAGGAUGCAUGGAAACCCAAA